AUGACUAGGAAGAAGGUCAAACUAGCAUGGAUAACGAAUGAUAGUGCUAGGAAAACCAACUUUAGAAUAAGGAAGGAAGGCUUGUUAAAAAAAUUGAGUGAGUUGGGCAUCUUUUGUGACGUGAGUGGCUUUGCCAUUAUUUAUGGCCCAGACGACAAGGAGCCAGUUGUGUGGCCUUCAAACCCAAUUGCGGAAGAAUUGCUCGCAAGGUGUCAGAGGAUACCAGAAGUAGAUCGGUGCAUGAAGAUGAUGAACCAAGAGACAUACCUUAAGGAUAGAUUAGCUAAAUUGAAAGAACAACUAACAAAACUCAUAGAAAGGACAAAGAGAUAG